AUGGAACUCUCGGGUGGUGGCGAGUCUAUAGAAGGACCAUCUUCCCGCGGUUCAACCAAAGUCAAUUUUCCACCUGAAGUCGAGUUAGAGAGGCGGCCUACAGUCUCGGCAGUGGCAACUGCAGCCUAUCAUAGGAGUCGCGGACGAUCUAUGAGUGCCUGGAGCGAUAUUAGCCGAUCCAGUAUACGCUUUGAGGAAAGAGUCCGAGUGGAGUAUUACGUAAACGAGAACACUUUCAAAGAAAGACUGCAACUAUAUUUUAUAAAAAAUCAACGAUCGAGUUUACGCAUUAGAAUAGCUAACUUAUUUUUCAAACUUUUGACCUGCGUGUUGUAUAUAUGCCGAGUUUGCGCUGAUGGCGAUCCCAUUACCGCUUCCUGUUACGGCUGCAGGCCUGGGAAUAAGACUGAAUUCGAAUAUUCGGCUAACUUGACGGAAGAGGAAUUUCAGGAGCACCCGAUUAUUAAUUGGGACGGAAUAAUAUGGGUCAAUAGGCCCCUGUAUUUGUGGGUUGUGCAAGUCAUAUUAGCUAUGAUAUCUUUUACCGAAGCCAUACUACUCGCUUAUUUAGGCUACAAGGGUAAUAUCUGGCAACAAGUUUUAUCGUUUCACUUCAUCUUAGAAAUGGUGAAUACGAUACCAUUUGCAUUAACGUUGCCGUUUCCACCGCUCAGAAAUCUCUUCAUACCGGUAUUUUUAAACUGCUGGCUGGCAAAGAGAUCUCUGGAGAACAUGUUUAACGACCUCCAUAGAGCUAUGCAAAAGUCUCAAUCCGCGUUAUCGCAACAAUUAAUGAUAUUAUGCGUCACAUUAUUAUGUCUGGUUUUUACAAGUGUCUGCGGGAUCCAACACUUUCAACGAGCUGGGCAUCGCCACCUCAAUCUGUUUCAAGCCACAUACUUCGUAGUAGUCACCUUCUCGACCGUGGGUUACGGUGAUUUCGUGCCCGAUAUAUGGCCAUCGCAGCUUUUUAUGGUUAUCAUGAUCGGAGUGGCACUUGUUGUGCUACCUACACAGUUUGAGCAGCUGGCAUUCACAUGGAUGGAAAGGCAAAAACUUGGUGGCUCAUAUUCAUCACAUCGUGCACAAUCGGAGAAACACGUCGUCGUAUGCUCUACUACUUUACAUGCCGAUACAAUAAUGGAUUUCCUAAACGAAUUCUACGCUCAUCCCUUAUUACAAGACUACUAUGUAGUACUGUUAUCUCCUAUGGAGUUAGACACUACUAUGAGAAUGAUAUUACAGGUACCAAUUUGGGCACAAAGAGUUAUUUAUAUCCAGGGAUCGUGCUUAAAGGAUACAGAUUUAAUAAGAGCUCGUAUGAACGAGGCUGAAGCAUGUUUUAUUCUGGCUGCUAGAAAUUAUGCCGACAAAACAGCUGCAGAUGAACACACUAUCUUAAGGUCCUGGGCUGUUAAAGAUUUUGCACCAGCUGUGCCGCAAUAUGUGCAGAUCUUUAGACCUGAAAAUAAAUUGCACGUGAAGUUUGCUGAAUUUGUAGUUUGUGAAGAUGAAUUUAAAUAUGCUCUGUUAGCAAACAAUUGCACCUGUCCAGGAGCUUCUACACUAGUAACCCUUUUACUACAUACCAGUCGUGGACAGGAAGGUCAGCAGUCUCCUGAAGAAUGGCAUCGACUAUACGGUAAAUGCUCUGGAAACGAAAUUUACCACAUUGUUUUGGGCGAUAGCCGGUUUUUCGGCGAGUACGAAGGAAAAAGUUUUACCUACGCUAGUUUUCACUCGCACAGAAAGUACGGAGUUGCUCUAGUUGGAGUACGUCCAGCAGAACUACCUGAAUUCUACGAAGAAACGAUUCUAUUGAAUCCUGGCCCCCGUCAUAUCAUGAAGAGUAGUGACACCUGUUAUUACAUGAGCAUCACAAAAGAAGAGAAUUCUGCUUUUGUCGUUGCUGAAAAACAAUCAGAACAGAAACCGACAAUACCAAAAGAUCAAACUGCAUGUAGUCUACUUUCUAAUGAGAAGAAACCAGGUGACGCAGAGGAGGUUUCUGACCAGCAGAAGAAACCAGACGGUAGUAGCGUCGCUCAGUACGACCUUCCACAAGUGAUUCUCCAAGCUCCCGCGAGUUCCACACCAAAAGCAUCGCCAUCACGCAUCAACCAAGCUAAUACUGUAUCAUCCGCUAAUUUUACUGUCACUAGCUCGAAGUAUGGAGAAGGCACAUCGGCGGGUGAUUCUAGAACUUGCUCAAAAGAUUCCCCUGGUACAGACAGUGCCACAGAUAGUCAUCUGUUGUUACCUAAGCCAGACAACAACUUUCUAAGCCCCGACGCCUUAAAUUAUCGAAGAGGAAGUCGACGACCAUCAAUAUUACCGGUACCUGAUAUGGUAACCAGCAAUUUAAAUAUCGCCUCUGAUAACCAAGACGAAGAAGUCGAAGCUGAUGAAAGUGAAGACGAAUUAGAGGAUGAUGUACCGUGGCGUUCGCCGUCAGAAAAGAUAGCAAUUGUGAAAGGAUUCCCGCCAGUGUCACCAUUCAUAGGAGUGAGCCCAACGUUAUGUUACUUGCUGAAGGAAAAGAAAUCAUUAUGCUGUUUGCAACUAGCACAAGUCUGUGAACACUGUGCUUAUAGGAAUGCCAAAGAGUACCAAUGGCAGAAUAAAACUAUCAUCCUUGCUGCUGAUUACGCAUCAAAUGGAAUAUACAACUUUAUUAUACCCUUGCGGGCCCACUUUAGGUCUAAGACCUCUCUAAAUCCUAUUAUUUUGCUGUUAGAACGCAGACCAGACAUAGCAUUUUUAGAUGCAAUAUCUUACUUCCCGUUAGUAUAUUGGAUGCUGGGUAGCAUUGAUUGUUUGGAUGACUUGUUGCGUGCCGGCAUCACAUUGGCGGAAAACGUAGUCGUUGUCAACAAAGAAUUAUCCAAUUCUGCGGAAGAAGAUAGUCUGGCAGACUGUAACACAAUAGUUGCUGUACAAACUAUGUUCAAGUUUUUUCCAUCAAUAAAGUCAAUCACAGAACUAUCACAAUCAUCAAAUAUGAGAUUUAUGCAAUUCCGUGCACAUGACAAAUAUGCCUUACAUCUUUCGAAAAUGGAAAAGCGAGAAAAGGAGCGUGGUUCGCAUAUAUCUUAUAUGUUCCGGCUGCCGUUUGCCGCAGGCUCUGUGUUCUCGGCAUCAAUGCUAGACACGUUACUGUAUCAAGCAUUCGUAAAGGAUUAUGUGAUUACCUUUGUGCGAUUAUUAUUGGGAGUAGAUCAAGCUCCAGGAUCAGGAUUUCUCACUUCAAUGAAAAUCUCAAAAGAAGACAUGUGGAUACGAACAUAUGGUCGGUUAUAUCAAAAAUUAUGUUCAACUACAUGCGAAAUUCCGAUUGGAAUAUAUCGCACUCAGGAUACGACAUUAGCCGAUGCAUCUCACCACUUCCAGCAGGAGGAAGGCGAAGGCGGUGGAUUUUCUACUUGCGGGCGCCGGGAGGCAGCAAGCUGCCUCAGUGGCUGCUACGGGGAACGCACGCCGGCGUAUUCUACAAGCCUAGCGGAUGAAGCACGAGACAAUCAUGCUCAACAAAUUGAAAGGGCUGAAAUAGCUAAUCUAGUAAGAUCUAGAAUGGAAUCGUUGAACUUAACAGGUAUCGACUAUGAUGAUGUAAGCGAAAAGAGGAACAGUCUAUCUUAUGUAAUUAUAAAUCCUAGCUGUGAUCUCAACUUGCAAGAAGGCGACAUUAUAUACUUAGUCCGCCCGUCACCUUUCUCUGCACAAAAGACGUUUGAACGCCACAAUAGCCGCCGCAAGUCAAACAUAAGUUUCUGUUCACAAGCAUUAAUUCAAGCUCAAGGAGUUUCGAGCAGAAGAGGAUCAACUAUCGGGGCAAGUUUUGUGCCACCGCGAGCGCCUCCGCUUUCAACUACUAAAGCCAAUUCAUUGUCCUUACCUGAUAGCCCCACUAUUAUCACAGAUUUUCGAGGGAGAUCUAACUCACUUCGGGUCGUCGAUGAUAUACUAUUAAGAAGAUCUAACUCACUACGGCAAGGGUUGAGUGGCGUUGGUUCUCGCCGCCGCAAGAGUAGUCUCGAAGAAAUUGGUAUAUCUCAUUUCAAUUCAUUAUUGCAACACCAACAACAACAGCAGCAACAGAAUGCCUUCAAAAUAGCUUUAAACGGCAGUAUUGGUCUAGAAGUAACGCCACCAGAAGAGCACCCGCUAGAGCGCCUGCCUGGUCCCAGUAUACCACUCGGUGGAUACCAAGAGGUGGCAGCUGCUUUACCGUCUUCAUCUCUGGGUCCCUCGCUCCCAAGUGUCACUCCAACCCCAGAUCCCCAACAUUUGCAAGGGACUAUUGUAUGA